AAAGAAGAUAUCUUACAAAUCAUAUUAAAACACAUGAACCAAACGAGUAUAUUGAGGCAUUUUAUUUGCAUAAACAAUCAAAUAAAAAUUCAGAACUAACUCUAGCGAAUAAUUCUCAAUCAAUUUUAAUAGAGUUAGAUGAGUUGUAUCAACACAAAGCAUUUCUACCUAAACAUGAAGAAAAGCAAGAACUAUGGAAUAAAGAAAUAGAAAUAUUAAAUAAUAAUAAUAUAUCUUUUUUAUCUAAUUAUAUAAUUCAAGAUUAUAAAGAUGAUAUAAAUCCUUAUCAAGAAUUGGUAAAUUCAAGUUCGCAAUUAACGGAAAAAUUGCCUAAUGAUGAAAUAUGUGAAUUUGCAUCAUUAAUUACAAAAUAUAAUAUAUCAGAUACACUUCGUGAUCAAUUUUUAUCAUUUUUUCGAAAGUAUUCACAUCGUUCAGAUGAUCCUUUACCCAAAUCAACAAAAAUUCUUAAAAAUUUUCUUGAUAAUAUGAAAGUGAAUAAUUUAUCAUUUAAAUCAGAAGUUAUAUAUAAUGAUGGAAAGAAAUAUUAUAUUCUUUAUUAUAGACCAAUUAUGGAAGGCAUCAGAAAAUUACUUUCUAAUCCAAAUUUAGUAUAUAAUGAAUUUUAUGUGGAUUUUAAAAUUUAUAAUGUAAGUUUUCUUUAA